AUGUCGAAUACUAAUCAAAUCUAUACAAAAAGAGUGCUACAUCAACGGUUGCACAGAGACAAGCAAAAAGAACAGUAUGAACAGACUGUUAAUAGUGAUUCUGACUGUAGUUCUAAUUCAACAGUUGAUAAACUGGAUGAUAUUUAUUUUGAAUUGUCAGAUGAUGAAUCCAUAAUAUCACCAUUAAAUCAAUUUCAAAAUGAUGAUUAUGGUGAAAAUCGUUAUCUUCCGGAUAAUGACGAUAAUAUUAGUAUGAAUGACGAUACUUUAUUUCAGCACAACAAUACAUUUUCAUUAUACGAACAAUCACCUGUUUCAACAGGUGAAGCUGUUGGACGCUUAAUGAAGUUUUGUAUUAAUUCUAAUUUUGAUAAAAAGAAAGUAGUUACAUUGAUGUGUCUAAUUAAAUCUAUCUUACCAUCACCAAACAAACUGCCGACAACAUUUCGACAGAUAUUAAAUGUAUUUGGUAAAACUCCUUCAUUUAUUGCAAAGUUUUAUUGCAACAAUUGCUGGGCAUUAACAACAACAAAAAACAAUCAACAAUAUUGUACUAAUUCAAGUUGUACUUUAUCUGAUUCACAGCUAUCUAAAAGACAAGUUACAGAGGUAACUACUCUGGACAUUAGAGAAAAAUUACAAUCAAUUGUUCGCAGAAAUUUCUCUUUAUUUACUGGUCAUGAUGAACUUUUUCCAUCAUUCGAUAUUCCUAGUGAUGGAGCGCCACUAAUUCGAUCAUCCAAGUCAGCAGUUUGGCCAUGCUUCAGCUCGAUCGUCGAAUUACCUCCCCCGGUCAGAGAAUACCAAACAAAUAUUUUAACAUUAGGGUUAUGGAUAUCGUGUAUUAAGCCGAAUGUUAAUUUGUUUUUAGAUGAUAUUAUCAAACAAUUAAGUGAUUUGUCCCACAAUGGUACGUCGAUAUUUAUUGAUGAACAUGAAUUCAAAAUAAAUGUUAAAACACAAUUUUUUGUCUCGGAUUUACCAGCAAAAGCUCUUUUCAUGAAAACAAUCAACUUUAAUGGCUAUUUCGCUUGUACUAAUUGCAUGACAGAAGGAGUUUUAUAUAAUAGACCAGUUAUUUAUCCAUAUAAAAACAACAAUUUCUAUUCAAGAACUCAUAGUCAAUUUGCAGCCACAGCUAAGGAAGUAGAAGUAAAAUUAGCUAGUGGUGUAGAUAUUAUAUAUGAUUACAUGCAUUUAGUUUGUCUGCAUCGUGUACCAGCAUUAAUUAAACGGUUUACUGAAGUUCUAUCGAAAGAUGCUAUUGCUGAAGUCGAUUCAAUGUUGUCGUCCAUUAGACUUCCACAUGAUUGUCAUGUGAAGUUCAAUUAUUCAAUUCAAUCAAUUCACGAUUGGAAAGCAAAACAUACCAGGCUAUUUAUUUUGAAUGUAGGUCUACCAAUAAUGAUUCAAUACUUACCAACUCUAUAUUCAUCGCAUUUUUCUAUUUACUGUAUGUUCGUGAAAAUAUUACAUUGCCCGAAAACAUUAGAAGAAAUCAAAUUGGCUGAUAAACUGAUCUAUUAUUACUGCCAAACUUCAUCAACAGUUUAUGAUCCGAAAAUUGAAUUAUACUCUUUACAUGCACAUCUUCAUUUACCAGCACAAGUUCUAAAUCAUGGUGGUCUCGCUUUUACAUCAUCUUUUUGUUUCGAGUCAAUGAUUCAUUACAUUAAAAAUAAAGCAUUUGGAACAAAAAAUUUAGGAUCACAAAUCAUGUAUUGGCUUGAACUUGAUGCAGCUAUAUCUACAAAACAAUUUGAACUGCAAUUACCAUCACUGAUACUUUCAGAAAAAAAUGUAUACCAACGACCCUAUCAUACACAACGUUUAACAAAAACGAAAAAUAAUUUUUCUUGUAUUGUCUAUAUCGAUGAACCAUCAAAAUACAGUAUUGUCGAAUCUAAACGCUUAGUCAAUAUUGAUGAACAUGGGUGUAGUAUAAUAAAGGAACUUGGUAAAACUUAUAAUGUCCGAGUUGAACAAACAGGUACACAAGAAUCAAUGGAGCGGUACGGUCAGUUGUUAGAGAAAGCAAUGCAAUCUCAAUUGCAUAAAGAUGUUCCAUCUGAUUGCGAAGAUUGGCGAAUAGAACAAGGAAAAAAAAAGGAAAAAUAUACCACAACAACAUCAAUUGUUAAAUCACCAAUAAAUCACCACCACCAACAAUAUAACUAG